UAGGGCUAGAAUAUUCUCUCUCCUCUGGACGGCAGAAGGAGAUCGAACAGUAUGAGAGCUUCUUCGCCCAAAACGGCCUAUUAAAGGUACACGAUACAAAACUAAAAAGAUCCUCCAGUACAAUAACAGGAGGCGGCUUCUUUUCGGGCUAGAUCUUCCCAACAUUUCAUCCUUCUCUCUCUGCAAUCCAUUUACCUGGCAUAUUAUUUAAAUUGUUGAAACAACCGUUGAAACUCCACAGCUUUUAGACCUCGAUUUAUUUUUUUACAAGACCUAUUGUCCCUCCGAAGUUAUCUCUAGGGCAAUGGGGAAGAAGAAGAGGAAGGCUCCCAAGGUGUGGUGUUAUUACUGCGAACGUGAAUUUGAUGACGAAAAGAUAUUGGUACAACAUCAGAAAGCCAAGCAUUUCAAGUGCCAUGUCUGUCACAAGAAAUUAUCAACAGCAGGAGGCAUGGCGAUUCAUGUCCUCCAAGUCCAUAAGGAAACAGUCACCAAGGUACCAAAUGCAAAACCUGAUAGAGAAUCAACAGAGAUUGAUAUUUUUGGCAUGGAGGGAAUUCCUCCUGAAAUAUUGGCUGCUCAUGAUGAAGAGCACGAUGAUGAAAAACCUUCGAAGGUGGCUAAGGUUGAAGUUCCUCCUUCUGGUUUUGGAGGAAUAGGGUUGGGACCAACUGGAAUAAACUUGCCAACCCAACCAACCUAUUCUGGUGUGCCUUCUCUGUAUGCACCCCCACCAUCUGUUCCAGUGCGUCCUCAACUGUGGCCUGCUCCAUCUCCUUCUUCACAGCACUGGUCCUCAACUCCACCGGCUAUUCCUGGGCAACCCCCAUUGAUGCCUAUAAGGCCACCUCAAGUUCCUCAGCCUCCACAACCAUUGUUUCCAAUUCAAAAUGUAUACCCUGCAUUUUCCAACUCAGUUGCAACAUCUUCUCAGGCUCCAGUACUUCAGAGACCACCUCAGUUACCAUCACAACCUCUAUUCCCUAUUCAGAACAGACAACCUUCUCCAUCUGUUUCACAUUCAUCCUCUCAAUCUCCAAUGCAGCCACUAUAUUCUCCUAAUCCUGUAUCAUCACCAUAUUCACAGUCUUCUCAAGCGUUAUUUCCUAUAAAUGGUCCUCAUUCACAGAUUCCUUCCAGCCUUUUGGUUCCACCCCAACAUAGUUUGCCACAAAGGCCAACAAUUGACUUGAGGGUUUCAAGGGAGACAAGCUAUGUGGUUGAUUCUACUCUACCAUCAAAUGUAGCAAACAAAUCUUUGAAUGUGCCUGCCUUUCCAGGCGGUUCUGCUCCACCUACAGUACCUUCUCACAUGUAUGCUUUGGGGCCUAACACUGGUGGUCCAUCCAUUGGGCCUCCCCCAGUAAUAUCAAAUAAGCCCCCUGCAGCUCAGGGAGUCACCAAAGAAGUGUAUUUGGUUUGGGACGAUGAAGCAAUGUCCAUGGAAGAGCGAAGGAUGUCCCUUUCUAAAUAUCAGGUGCAUGAUGAGACCUCACAGAUGAGCUCUGUUGAUGCAGCUAUUGAUAGAAGGAUAUUAGAAAGCAGGCUUGCUGGGCGGAUGGGGUUUGGCAUGUGAUCAAGGGUUUCAUUCUGAAGAUAGAUGUAUUCAGACAGCAAUGGAGAAGUAUCUGGCAGCUCUGAGCUCAUUGUCUGAUGCAAAUGCCUUGACUCUCCUCGUUGUUGGAACCACUAGACUUGUCUAGCUCUUGCAAUUGAAUCUUGUCCAACACUCAAGGUGCAACCUAAGUCUCAUCAAUCUUUGUCAGCUUCCGAGGCUCUCAAUUCCAUUGUGCUCGGGUUUUUGCCGAAGAAUAUGGGUUAAGGUUUUCAAAGGUUUUAAGGUUGAGGGACCUUGUUGGGCCACACUUUAAACUUAAUUUAUGAGUAGGUCAUUUAAAAAAUUAUAAAACCCUGUUUUUGCAGCAGCUGGGGAUGCCCCAACUUCCACAGUUGGAUGCUCUAUUAGGUCCUAGGCAAUGGGAUGCAGAAAGAUGUUUCAUUGUGAUGCCGUGUAUGCUGUUUGCUGGAUAUCCCCAUUUGAGGGGACAUGUACCCAGUAUUCACUACCUCACCCAGAUUAUGAAAGUAAUCUAGUUUGAGACGGGCUUCAAAUUUGUGAAAUAAGACAAACUCCAGAACAUUCCUCAUCUAAAACUAAUAUGAUAAACUUUGGCAUUAAGUUCAUUAUAUAAGAUGAAAUGAAUUUUUAGUUCA